GGUCUGCUGUUUCAAUUAUUUCUAUACUUUGAGAAUCGCAUUAUCGUUUAUUGAUUCGAUAAGUUUUAAAUGACCAGUGACGUGAAGGCGGCCGCGACAAUCGCAUUCGAAUCGUUCUCAUUAUUCUCCGCGAUUGUUGUUGCCUAAAAGGAACGCUAAAAAAUUUUCGCGAGUGUCUCUCGUCAAGUGUCAAAGGAACGUUUAUAUAUAUCGCAUAUUUUACGUUGCGUUCUCGCCAAAGUGCAUCGAAAGUGCAUUGCGUGCAUCGAUCGUUAUCAGGUAUUUUCGGCAAUAAUCUUACGAAUAAUAAUAUCGAUAAAUGUGCAAAGCGGCGAUCGCGCCAUUUUCUGAUUUCGCGGCACUUUGUGCAUCGACGAUGCAAAUUUGAUCAUGUCACAACUCAUCAAUCCUUCUUGUCUCAUCAAAAUUAUUUGACCGUUAUCAAAAUAGAAUAAGUUAAAUAGUGUAAUUUCAUUUUAAUUUUAAUUAAGAAUAAAUUAAAUUUAUUUAAAUAACGCAAAUUUGAUUUAAUGGAGGCCAAGUCGCGAUUCUAUAUCGAAAGAGAUAUUAAUCGACAACAAAGUGUCCAUGUGCUUGUAUAUAUAUUCUACGAUGCAAAAAAUUCAUUUAUUUCGCAUAUUUGAUGUAAUAGAAUGAUUCAUUGUAACAGAGAAUGGCAUCCAUGGAAAAUACUCGCAUUUGCAUUACGACCGUUACGCGGAGCCACGAGGUGCUGUCAUCUGGCGACGAUUGUAGGAUCGUGCUUUCGGCACUACGUGACAGAGGGCUUCGGAGUGAGAAAAGUGGGGGAGCGGCGCGAGGAAGAAAAUGGCCGACGAGGCUACGGUAAAAGGGCAGGGACGUCGUGCGAGGUGCGCGUUGCGCGACACGAGAUUGCCAGUUUCGCGAUAGACCGCGCGAAAAAGGGCCGUCGAACUUCCGCCGGGGAGGGCCCUACGACGUCGCUCGCGGUCGCGUCGCGCGUCCCGCCGUCAAAGCCGCACAGACAGAAACUGAAGCCCGUUUCAUCGCCUGCCGUCACCUGUCGUCGAUCGCUGUCGUCGGUGCUUCGACUUGGCCGUUUUAAAAAAGCGCUCGCGGGCUGAGUUUAGCCGACCGAGGAAGGCUCGCCGAGAGAUAAAUCCAGCUCGCGAGCCGUAUCGCAAUUAUUAAAAUCCACAAUGGCAGUUAGGUAGUUGUGGAAAUUAAAACUGGACAUUCGUGAACUUCGAGUAUAUUUAUUUAUUUUGAAGAUGUAAAGAAAACAAUCAUAAUGAAGCCACAGAAGAAGGGUGCUGUUGCCAGAAAGGCAACUAAAAUGCCAACAGUCGCCAAGAAACGUCGCACAUUUAUAGAGAAGACCAUGUCCGAUGUGAGGAAAGAGAAGAAAUCAAAGAAAAAUGAUAAAAUGGGAGAUCCAAAGAAGAAGAUAGACAAUGAUAAGAAGAAAUUAGAAAAAGUGGAAGACAAGAAAAAGUUUGAUGACAAGAAGAAAAUGGAGGAAAAACGAAAGGAACGAUCAGAAAAGCCAGAUGAAAAGAAAAAACAAUUAAACAAAGAUUAUGAAAAAAAAUCUGACAAAAUUGAUGAAAGGAAGAUAGAAAAAGGAGAUGAUAAAACAAAUAACGAAGAAAUAAAUCAAGAGAAUACGGAUAAAAAAAAAUUACCAAAAUGUGAAGAGAAAACGAAAUUAGAGAAACAAUUUGUCGAUAACAAAAAGAAGAUUGAAAAAGUGGAGGAAAAAAAGAAGAAUAUAAAAUUCGACGAUAAUGCGAGUAUGGAAGAUAAUAUAAAAUCUUUAAAUACAAUGGAAAAUAAGGAUGCAUUUGAAGAUAAGAUUGAUGCCCUCUCUCCACUUACUAAGAAAAGAGGUAAAGAUGAGAAGAAGAAAGAUGUCAAGCUGAUUAAAUCUGAUAUCAAGACAAUAUCGAAAAAUUCUACCGUGAAAGAUAAAAAAUCUGAACGAAAGAAAAUUUCCGAGAAGGAUGCGGCAAGCAAUAAACUUUCUUCUGCUAAAACAAAGAAAGAUUCGAAAACGAAACAAGGUCAGAAGAAAAAUAUUACAAGAAAAACAGUUCUGACAAAGAAGCCUCAUUUAUCGGUAGUUAAAAGAUUGGAUAAAAAAAUCAAGUUAGUCAAGCCAAUUAAAAGCGAAGAAAUGAGCGAAGAUGAGGAUACAGUUAAAAAAACAAAGAAGAAAAAUAGUAAUAUUGCCAAGACCAAAAUUUUACAAGAAAAAAAACCGAAAUUGGCCAAGCACAUGAAAGCCAAACUGCCUCAGAAACAUUCAAAAAUCAGUGCUGUCUUAAAAAGGGAAGAUAAAUUGAAAGAUAUAACGGAGAAGAUUAUGGCAAGAAAGAAAAUUGAAUUGAAAGAAUCUGAGGAAAUCGAACAUAAAAAGAUUACAAGUAAAGAUGAGGCUUGUCAAGGACCAGAAGUGAGUAGCAUUAAAAGUGAAAUCGUAGAGGAUUCAGAUAAAAGAAAAGAAGAGAGUUUUCAACCAAAAUUACAGGAUAAUAAAAAAGCUAUCAAAAGUGGUAACAAAAUUAGCAGCAAGGCUUCAAAAAAGGCAGGAAAACCAAUAAGGGUACAAACGGAGAGCAAUAAUCAAACGUCAGCUUCAUCUGAAGAUUUAUCUUCUGAGGAAUUUAACAAACAAACUAAAGUUUCCGAAGAAGGCGUAAAGUCUGCGAAACAGGAACAAAUCGGCUCUGAGAACACGGUUGAAUUAGAUCUAAAAGUCGAAGCAAUGAAUGGAGAGAGUGCCAGUGGCGUUACAUCUCAAUCUGACUCGGAUGACGAUUAUGACGAUGAAUACAAGAAAGGUAAGCAAAAGGAUGUUAAGAAUAAAGAUCGAGCUAAUUCACCGUCGGACGAACGUGCGCGAGGAAUGCGACUUUUUGGCUUUUGGAGUAAACCAAAACCACCCAGAGUCGCGUCAUUGAAUGCCUUGGCUAAAGUUCACUGCCUAUACGAAAAUGAGACCGGCGGAGUUUAUCUUGGAGGUUUUUGCAAGUCGAAACCCGAUAAGGAAAAGGAAAAGCCGAAGAAAAUGAAGGAGGAGAAGGAGGAGCAGCCGCGUAAGGAGAAGGAGAAGGAGAAGAAGGUCGAAUGCAAAACAGAGGACAACGUUUUGAAAAGAAAGUUGAGGAAUGUGCCAGGAUUACGUGGCAAGCACUGGGAUAUGUUGGAGAGCUCGUCAUCUUCGUCUUCUUCCGAUGAAGACUGCGAGAAGGAAAAGAAUGCUGAACCAAGCAAGAAGAAAAUGACCAAAAGGAGGAAGAAAAACGAGGAAGUAAUGGAUCUGAAGGACAUGGUUGUUUGCAAGAGGAUGGCCAGUCUUAAUGCCACUGCCAUUUUGGCUGCUUCCUACUCCGACGAGAAAAAUCUUUGUGGUACCUCCAGCAGUGAUACCUCCAGUGAGUCGGAAGUAGAGAUAAUUAAAAGACGUAGACAAAAUGACUUGGACGUAGAUAAGAAGAAAUCCAGACAAGGCUCCGAUCCGGAGGAGGUUAUUAAGCCAUCCAAGAAAGUUGUCAUCGUUAAUCAGGACACGGACGUCACUAUCACUGGUGUUUACGUCAAUCAAACUCGAUCCACCCACCAUGAAGGUUUUUGCAGUAUUGCUGGUAUGCAGUACAGAAUCAGUUCUACCAGUCAUACUCAAACUGCAGCUACCGCAGUGGCUACUGAACUUCACGAUCAGCAAAAGACGGAACAGCCUUGCAAAUCCUACACGCCACUAGGUGCAUUAUCUUCUAUGCAGCCACCAGGUAGCCAGGGUAAUCAUCCUAACAUGUCACCUCGCAGGCAUUCAGCAUUCUCAGCUCCUCAUCAACAUGGGUAUUAUCAGCCGGCUGGUCCACUGAUACAGCACCCACCUCCACCACCACCGACCUUACCGCCCGUUAAGGGUCCACCUCCAGAACCAACGCCCACGCCUCCACAAAAUUCAGAGGGUUCGGAUGAUCUGGUCGCCACUUCCACGACUUCUGGAGGCACAAGCAGUACAGGUGGCGGCUUUUAUAGGACGUAUUGCCCGCAGUACUACGGCACGCCGCCGCAAUAUCCGGAUCUGUGUUAUCCGCCGACGUAUUCUCAUCCUCACCCUCAUCCGCCGCAUUACUACAAAUACCCGCCCACCUACAGAAGGCAAUACUAUGGUUAUCAAGAGUCCGGCGGGGGAGGCGGACCGCCGCCGGGCAGCGGAGCCGCCGGGGGUGGCCCCGGAGUCGUUGAUUAUCAGCCACCCCCGCCACCGCCCGGCGAAUAUCCGCUGCCACCCUAUUACGGGGGCUACCCUCCGCCCCCCCAUCCGCCGCCACCUCCGAAUCCGGCAUAUCUGCAUUCUCAGGGAAGACCUUUCGUAGACCCAUUUCAGGGUUGUCCAUGCCCGAUGCAAUCGUGUCCAAAAAACGUGGAUACUGGGGCCCUUAUUGGUAAUGGUAAGGGAGCGCCAGUGGUAUCGGGGCCCGGUCUGUCAUUGCCACCCAGUGCUUUGGUAGGUCCGCCCUCGCCAGCGAGGGGGCUAGCUGGGCUAGCUCCUCCUCAUGGUGCCAAUGCCUGGGAUGCGGAUCGGGUCCAAAUCAACACUCAUCGCAACCUAAAUCAGAACCAACCCCCCUCAGUCCCGCCGUCGCACAAUCUAGUCGGUGGGCAUAGUCGCCUUCAGAAUCAAGACUGUAGGAGUAAGGAUGAGAAAAAUUGUACAGAAGAUACGCUGAGGAAAUGCGGUUGUCAGAACGCGUGCACGUCCACCUGCGAAGUCAAAAUGGAAACACUGUCGCCAACCGAGAAGCUUUCGGUGGCGGCGAAUUGUCCCAGCAGCAAGUAUAACAAUUUUAAGCUGGAGAACAACAAUGUGAAAUGCGAAUCCUGCAGCAUGGAGAUCGCCGACGGGCUGCCAUGCGUCGCCAAUUGCAAUGUCGUUAAAUGCGAGUCGGAUUACAAAUGCGACAUCAUGAAGUGCGAGCAGUGCAUGAAGGAGGGCCAGAUAGCGAUAUUAGAAAUGGACAAGGAUUCCGGCAUCGUGCUGGACGACAAGCUCGACAGUGAUCCUGAUGUGAAGGAGGAGCUAGAUGUAGUGGUGAUUGACGGUGACGAGAAUUGGAAGAAGCCCGAUUACGAACCGACUGUGCAAGAGACCGUCGACGAUAAGGAAGUUGAAGAGGAGGAGGAAAAGGAGCAGGAAAUCACGCAGGAACCGGUCGCGGCCGAGAUCGAGGCUGAGGAGCAGCUUAAGUGCCAAAAGGUGACGAAGAGGAAACUUUCGCUGGACAGCUUAUCGGACAGCAGGAAAAAGAGGAAACUGAGCAAGAGGGCUUUGUCGGUUGGCUCGUCUCAGGAUUCGAGCAACGAGCGAUUACCCAAUGUCAUCGCGCCGAUCGAGCCGUUGUCGAAUAAAACCGACAGCGUCAAAGCCGAGACGAAUGUUCCGAAGAAGAAGCAAGUGAAAAAAGACACAGGACCUCGUGGUCAAAAACGCAAAGCAGAGACGCCAAGCGUGAACGAGAAUGCGACGAAGAAAGCGAAGAGCGGCAAACAGAGCGCGGGUAAUAGCGUCAUGAAUUGUUUGAAGCGGACUGCCAGUGAUAUCUCGAUAAUGGAGACUAUCGACGAUGUGAUACAACAGAGUCUGCAGAUGACGCAGAGAAAGGAUCAGAAAAGUAAGAACUGCGAACGCGUGGAGAAGAAGAAGAAGAACGUCAAAGAGGAAUCAUUAUUGACGGUGAAGAGGAUCGCGAAGAAGAUCGAUCAAGUGAAACAGCAGUUUAUCGAGAAGAUGUCGAAAGCAAUCUCGAAAAGUGGUCAAUCCAAAAGUAAAGCGGACGCGAAACCGAAAUCUAAGGCUUUGCAGGACGCUAAGUUCAAGGGCAAGAGCAAGGUUGCUAAAACCUUCGCGGAGACGAAGGUCCAGGACGCGAAAUCUAAGGCGACGCAAGACUCGAAAGCGAAAGACGGUUCGAAAAAGCGCGAUAUCGCGUUCAAGAUCAAAGCGAACGAUGUCAGCGAAGAUUUGAAGAAGCCUGCGAUAAUUAAGAAGAAACGGAAGAAUGAGGAAACGGCUAUACGGCGAUGUUACGCGAGUAUGAGUCACGAGAGCGGCGACGUAUUGCGACCUCGAGACUGCGUUUUGCUGAAGAGUGGUACGCGGAAAGGCGACUUACCAUAUGUAGCGAAGAUCGCCGCGCUCUGGGAGAAUCCGGACGACGGUGAGAUGAUGUUCUCGUUAUUGUGGUACUACAGACCUGAGCAUACAGAGCAGGGUAGAACGCCGCAUGACAGCGAGGACGAGGUAUUUGCUUCGCGUCAUCGGGAUGCAAAUAGCGUCGCUUGCAUAGAAGACAAAUGUUACAUCUUGACGUUCAACGAGUAUUGUCGGUAUCGUAAAAACUUACGGAGGAUUGAAGAAGGCUUAGAGAAUCCUGGCUUGAUAGUUCCGCCAGGGGACCAAGUGUAUCCACGGGAGAAUCGGCAGCCGCCUAUACCAGUACCAUCGGACAUGGUGCUUUUCUGCCGACGUGUUUACGACUAUCGCGGGAAGAAGCUCGUGAAGAAUCCCGGAUGA